CCCGCCAUGGCCCGGGCCAGCAACGUCAGCGGACCCUCAGGGGCAUUUCGAAUGCCGACUGCCCCUCAUUUAUUCAACCCCUUCCGGAACUUGGAAGCUCACUUUUUUACAGUUAUCGUUCGAAUUACUCAUUCCACGACUAUACGAAGCCUUCAGCCAGAGUCAAAUCACGAAACGCCACAAUCUGCUUACCCGACCCCGUAACCUUCCGUAUCAUCGACAACAUGCACACCAAAGGCCCAGCCCCGCAAUACCACGAUGGCAGUAACCUCCGCAUCGGCAUCGUCCACGCUCGCUGGAAUGACACCAUAAUCGAGCCUCUGGUGCAGGGCGCAAAGGACAAGCUGUUGGAGGCGGGUGUCAAGGAAUCAAAUAUCGUGGUACAGACAGUCCCAGGCGCGUGGGAGCUGCCAAUUGCUGUUCAGCGUCUCUAUGCAGCUUCGCAAGUGCAAUCGUCUUCUGCUGGCGCUGGGGGGUCGGCAGGUGAUUUGCUGGGAAGUUCGACGGCCGAUUUGGCGUCACUCUCUGCCGGAAGCUCGGUCUCGACGGGCCCAUUCGAUGCCAUCAUUGCCAUAGGGGUCUUGAUCAAGGGGGAGACGAUGCAUUUUGAAUAUAUUGCCGAAAGUGUGUCGCAUGGCCUAAUGCGUGUGUCCCUAGACACAGGCGUGCCCGUCAUUUUUGGCGUCUUGACCGUCUUGAACGACGAACAAGCCAAGGCACGUGCGGGUAUCAUCCCCGGCAGCCAUAAUCAUGGGGAGGAUUGGGGCCUUGCCGCUGUGGAAAUGAGUGUCAAGCGCAAGAAUUGGGCCAUGGGCGUUAUUGAAUAGAAACAGAUCGGAAAGUAGCCAACCGAAAAGCUAGGGAAG